GUUCACUUCGCGCCAUAUCAGCUAUAGCAGUUGAGCGAAGAGCUUCUCCAGCGGUCUAUUGCACGUGUUCGACUCUUCGAUAACAGAACGUAUAAGUUAUAUACUAUUACUCUAAAGAAAAUCUACUAUAUACUGAGAUGUCCAAAUUCAAUGGUGAAUAUCAAGCUCAGAGAAGAAGAAUCAGAGCACAAGUAAAGAAAUACGUGAACGCAGCAAAUGCAGAAGUUUACCAGAAAGAAGUAGAAGUCGAGCUUAGCAGUUCUGAACCCUUGCACUUUGACAGUUCUUUAGUCGUUAACGAUGCAGAGUAUUCGGAUCUAUCAGAUUUUCCUCAAAUUAACUGCGAUUUAUUCCAUGUAGUUGAGUUUUUGGAAGAAGCAGAAGAAGGAUCAAUGGGGCCAGUGGCUGUAAUUCCAGAUAGAUGGCUGCUAGCAUUUAAAGAUGCUAGGGGUCACAGGAUGUGCAACUGGCCACCAAAAUCUGUUAAAGCAGAUACAAGCUUCAUUAUGAAAGCUAAAAAGCCAGAUAACUCGUGGCCCAUGUAUCGGAUUCGCCUGCACAAGUCAUUAAGUAACUACCAAGAAGCUAGCCGAUUCUGCAAGAGGCUGAAAGAAAUGUCAGAGGUGGAGAGUAAUGACGAAAAUACUCGCACUCAGCCAAAAAGGAUACGGAGAACUCCGAUUAGAUUUCGGGAUGCACAUCUAACGGAUAGCGAAGGAGAGAAGGAUGCCGAGGCAUCACUAUGUGAUGACCAUUCAGUUAUGCAGUGGCGUCCACCAACUUUGCCAUACUCUUUGCCGCCAAAGGUUGGCACCAGCUCCAGGGCGUCCCCAAGUACCAGCUAUCGAAAAAAGGCUGUUUCACCAUUGCCUUCAUCCCCAUUGUCUGGUUUUCGUCCUAUCGGCAUAAAGACCCAGAACCCUUUUGAAGCUAAACUAGAGAAGCUUGUACUGCAGCAACUCUCUCUUCUGGAAGAGAUAAAGAAUGAUAUUAAAGACCUGAAAAGGAGGUUUGCACGGAUGGAGGAACGAGACCAGGAACAGCAAGUAUCACGGGGAGAACUGCCAGAAGGGUUCCAGUUUCCCUUAAAAUCUUCAGAGGAUGUAAAGCGUCUUGAGUUGGAUCUGAAGGCAGACCCAGGAAAAAGGACAAACUUCGAAUGCUAUUUGGCUUUGUUUGGUGGAUGCACUUUAAAGCAAGUAGUGAGGGGCAUACUAUCUGUGCUAUUUUCAACUGGGUUAGCCCGUUCUUACAACUUCAAUGGUCUGAAGGGGAAGACAGGACUUAAGAGCCACCCCUUUUUUUUACAAACAAUUCUGGAUGCUGCAAGAAGAAGUUUUCCUGAAGCUACGGAUUAUGACCUGCGGGUGCAUAUAUCGUCUUGGUUAGCUGGUGCUAGGGAUAGAGAAAAUGGCAGAAUGGAAAGGGGGAGGAAGGGGAAACUGUAUAAGUCAGUAAAUUCUUCUGGGGUAGAGGAAGGGGUGGAGGAAGGAGUAGAAGAAGGGGUGGAGGAAGGAGUAGAAGAAGGGAUGGAUGAUGAGCAAAGCUGUUGAACUUUCCAGACAUUUGUAAAAUUCUUGUACAUUAUUAUUGUUAUUUUUAAUUACCUUGUUUCUUUUUAUCCUUAAUAGUGCUGACAUUUGAUAAUAAAGCAUUUUCUACUUCA